AUGGUCCUCAGACUGACCAUAGUAUCGCUGUCGAGCUCCUCCUGCAUCCAGCUAGAGUUCAUCAAGGUGGGGCUCUUGGCACCGGGCAUGGCUCAAGACAUCGAUGUGGUGGUCACUCCUGAGGACUAUAAGUACAGCUUUGAGAGUAUUGAGAUCAUAUGUGGUCCGACUGACGAUUCAGAGAGGUAUGGGUUGCAAGUCCCUGUACAUGUCUAUGCUAGUGGCAACAAGCUCGUGGAGAAAACGCUGCCCCCGAUAGUUGACUUCGGGAAGGUCCCUGUAGGGGGGGUGGUCGAGAGGCGCUUUGUAUUGCGCUGUGAUGUGCCUUUGGAGUUCGAAUUUGAGGUUUUGCACUUGCGUCGGCAUCCGGACAUAGCAGUAGUGGUAGACAGGAUAGCCCCGGAGGUGCCAGCGGAGCUCCGUGUGGAGUAUCGUCCGACUAGCUUCACAACGGCUGUGGCUGAGGUCGAGGUGGUACUGGCUCAGUUCGGGGGAGAACCUACUAGAAGGAUGAAAGUCAACACUGGUGGAAAAUUGACGCAAAAUGAGACGGCAUAUGUGCUGAUGCAGAGGGCGGGAAAGGUGCCGCUGAGGCACUUGAGGAGGUACAUCGAGCAGGUGAAGGGUGGGGAGGUGAGGGAGAGGGAGAGGAAAAGGAGGAAGGAUCGGGCGAUACGAAGGAUGGGGGAAGUUCUGUGGCGUGCGGUAGUGUGCUGGUAUUGGUCCGCUUGGAGGGAUUCGUAUGAUGCUGCGAAGAGUGGGGCUAGGAGGGCGGCCAGGAGGGCUCUUGCUGAGGAGGUGAGAGAGAAGGCAGCGGCGGCGGCUUUGGUCGAUGAUGAUGAUGAUGACAGUGAGGAAGAAGAGAGUGAGGGGGAAGUAGAAGCUGUGGUGGAAGUUGUUGCUGAGGCUACAACGGUGGGCCAAGAGGUUGAUGAUGACUAUGAGAAGGACUCCAGAGUGGUCGAGGCGAGGAGGCUGAUUGAGGAGAGGGGCGUUGGGCCGGUGGUAGAGCCGGAAGAGGAGGAGGAGUCAUCGAGUGAGGAGGAGGAGGGGGAGUACGAGUUGAGUGAGGACGCCAAGUUGUUGAUAGAAAUAGCGGAGCAAUUGGAAAAGGAAAGGAAUGGUGAGGAAGUGGAGGCCUCUGAGGAAAGUGAGGAAGUCAUUGAGGAAACCCCGGUUGAGGUGGACGAUGAACAGGAGCAAGAAGAGGAGGAAGAGGUGAUAGUUGACAUCGUGGAAGAGGACAGUGAAGAGGUACAAGUUGCAGUAGAGAGUGGCGAAGCUGUUGAAGAUACCGGUGGACGAACCUACUCGUUCCGGGAGCCGGUUAAGCUCUAUCGCAUCUUCUCCACCUCUCCUACUACAGGGGAAGUGCCGGCCAAAGAGGUCGCGGGGGUGGACGAAGCUGUUCCGGAGUCCUCUGGUCCAGUUCCUAUAGCCACUACAGGAGCUGCCGUGCAUGGAGAAUGCGCACAAGAACAGGAAACGGGCAUUACCGAAAAAGAGGAGACCACCGACGAGACCCCUACAGUGGAAUCAGUGCAUCUGAAUGUGGCCGCCGAAGCCGUCGCGGAGAUCGUCGCAGCUGCAGUUCUAGUGAACGAGGUGACUAGGCGCAGCAGCGAGGAGGAGGAGAAGGAUGCGAUGGUAUCACCGACUGCCUUGCUCGCGCCGGCUGCUCCUGACACUAACGGGCAUCACGAUAUAGACGGUGACGUCUGUAGAAGCGAAGUUGGUCGAGAAAGAGAACCGCCGGGUUUCGAGGCUUGCAGGCCCAAUGCGAGACGGGUUGGAGGCCACAGCAAUCAGCGUCAGGCCACAGCAAAUGAGUUUGAAAUCCAGCGAAGCAUUCUUGCGGCUGCGAACUCCCGAUCUAUCAGCAGUCUCCUCCUGAUCGUCGAGAAGCACCUCGAUGAGCUCAACUCGGUGAACGUAUCCACGUUAAUACACCGUCUAGCUAGCAUCACCCAAAACCAAGAACAGAAUCAGAGAGUACUCGCCAACGACCCUAGAGUGAAAGAGGUCCUUCGCAGGGCUAUUGACUUGGCGCCGACCUCGAGCUGUCAGUCACUGUCCAACAUUUGCUGGGCGAUUGGUAAACUGCAGAUGGUCGAGGAAAAGGAUGUGGUCCGAGCCAUCGUGGAGGCGGCGAAGUCACAACUAGAAGAGCUGAUGGACUUGGUAGCCGAAAAAGUGGCGAACAGUCUAUACACGUUUAAGCCACAGGAGGUCUCUAACCUCCUCUAUGCUUAUGGACGGCUCAACUGUUACAAUGAGAAACUGCUGCAAGAGAUAUGUGCUUGUGUAGCGACUAUGAUGCCACGUUACGAUGGUCAGGGGGUCGGCAAUGUGAUAUGUUCCCUUGCCAAGCUGAAGUACCCCUGUAUUCAGCUGAUGGAUGCGAUUGCUGCUGAUGUGGUGAUGACCCCCUACAAGUAUGGCAGAUUCCUCAUCUCGAAGGUUCUCCGUCCUCUGCACAGCCUUGGGUACACCAAUCUGUCUAUGUUGGUGACAGCAAGCAGUCACGUCCUGGACAACCCCGCGGCUGAUGUACGAAUUGAUGAUAUCAUCACGGUGAUGCAAGGAUUUGCCCAAGAGAGCGUCAAAGCUCCGACUGCCAGUUCGGAAGGAACCAUGCUGAAACCAUCACCACGGAGUCUCGCCUCGACGUUCCCAGAUUACGAAGGCGCUGGUCGACGAGUUGGUGCUCUCAUGCAAGCCACAGCGAUGAAGUUCUCGACAGUGGCCAAGCUAGAGGAGAUCUCAUUGGAGAAGAUCGUGCAACUGUUCAAUUUGAUGGCUCGUCUUGGAAUGAAGUCCAAACCAAACAAUGGUGGCUUCCUAUUGUCAGCCUGUGCCAGAAUACUGCAGAAUCUCGACACUUUGAACGAGGAGCAAAUAAAAUCCAUUCUACGGUCCUGUGCGGCUAUGGAGCUUGCUCUCACCAGCUUCGAGGAGAGGUUAUUGAACGAGAUCGUCGAUCCCGAUGACUCCUUCAUUAUGGGCGCCGCCUCGUCAACAGCGACUGGCUCGGUCUCCUGCAGUUCCCCCGAGUCCUUCGUUAACGCUCCAGCGGCUUCGGAGUCUAUGCCUGUCGAUCUCAUCUCGGCCGAUUGCGUACCCAUGUUGCCCGAAUCCGUGACUGAGUGCGGGUGGAGCCCCGAAUCAUUGGAAUACCUUUUUGAGACCGACGCUGAACAUCUCGCACACUAUUACCAUCAUCAAAGCCGCGGUGACGUUCGUUGGUAA